AUGAAGCAAACCGUCGCCUUCGUUAUCCUGGCCCUCUUCGUGGCCAGCGGUUGGAGCCAGCCGAUGGACCUGCCCGCCCAGCUGGACGCCCAGGUGCACAGCGUGGUGGACGAGAUGACCGAGAUCGGGAAGGCCACCGGCGAGGCCCUGGUGCAGCAGUACGAGGAGAUCGUCCGGGAGCCGCAGCUGGAGCUGGAGGAGGCCCUCGACCAGGUGGAGGCGCGUCGCCAGGAGAGCCCCGAGUGCGUGGCCGCCGAGGAUGAGGAGAUCGCCCGCAUUGUGGACGCCGCCCACGAGGAUCUGCAUUCCUGCGGCCUCGUUGCGGCCCACACAUCCGCCGAAAUCGCCUCCGACGUGAACGCCGCCACCCAGCAGUUGGUCUUUGGUGCCUACAAUCUGGGCAACACCUACCAGAAGUGCCAGGCCCACAAGAACGCCAUCCUCAAGCAGUCCUGCAUGGCCAAGUUCUACAUCCAGGGCACCGUCUUCCUGGUCAAUGCCCGCUCCUCCAUCAAGACCAUCCGCAAGUCCACCAGCGAGCGCAUCCCUGCCGUCUUCGUCGACAGCAACGUGUGCACCCACUCCGCAUCCUCGCAGGCGGUGCUCGGCCUCCAGGAGGUCAACAGCCACAUCGACGCCUGCGUCUCCCGACGCCGCUAACUGCCAACUGGUUUAUGCAAAUAAAGAUUAUGCCAAAACGUA